UGACAAGGACUCUCAAUUGUGGGCAUCGAUUUUCCACGAGAGAUAAUCGGCGUGAUACAACCGAGGUAAAAGGGGGGAAAACGAAGAAUCGUAUAAAAAAGAGAGAGAUAGAUAGGUAGAUAGAGAAAGAGAGAGAGAGUGUGAGAGAGAGAAAAAAGAAUGAAAAUUGAAUAUAAAAAUAAAAGAGACCGUCGCACCGAUCCAGCGGAUCGCGGUGUCGCGUUGAACGCCGAAGUGCUCACCUAGGAUUCCGAUGAAAGUGGGAAACAUAACCCGUCCUGUGGCGGGCAAACCGGGCGAAUCACGUCAGGGCGGAUAAGGUUGUUGGAAAACACGAGAGUCGAGAGUCGCGUGCUACAGCCUCGUUCUCAAAGGUUGUACGGGAUAUUCGGUCCGGCCAGGAAAAUCGAAAUCCCACGGCAGAGAUAGGUGAUGGCCAAGCGAAAAACACUUCCGCUCGGCGAGGCCGGUCGCUUUUAAAAUACCGGACUGCACAUCAGCGGGUGGCUGUGACACCCAUCGUAGUCCUCGAGACAAAAGAGCGGGUAAUCGGGGCUCCGCAUAGCUCGGCCUGCCGUUUCGAAACGGUUCCGAACGGUGAGGCACAUUCGUCCACUAGGCAGUUCCCAGCGAGGAGGAACAACUCGACUCGGAUUUAUUUUGGCACAACACUACAGGCUGGCAGCGAUGCGCGCGCGACACUUGCAACCAUUCUAAUCGGGUAACACUCCAGCCUCAAAACAACCACCAGCUUCGUCAGCGACAAACCGCACCGCCGUUUCAUACGUUGGCCACAUUAACGCUGAUCCGACACCGAUACCUAUCCCCGUACAAGGGGUGUUAUGUGAAGUUGGAUGGACGAUUAGCGGAAAGAUUGUUGGUCUGAUUGGUUAUCGAUCAUACGUGAUUUCGUUAUUGGCUGAAAUGGUAACAUAAACGAAUCUGAUCAUGGAACAGAAGAAAUCAGACUAACCAUUUUUUCAGCUCGGUUUUCAGUCGGUGGAAUUACAUGGAAUGUAUCUGAUACAGGGUUUAUUAAGACAGUGAUUAUGCGGUACUGAUUCAUCGAAGUUACAAACUACAGAGGAAUAUUGAGAAGAAAUUCGUGAUCACGUAGUGUGGUUAGGUGUAAAUAAACUGAAAUAUGACUUCAUUUAAUUUAAGUGAACUUGAAAAUCAACUGAAAGAUGUUACUGGGAAUUCUACCGGUACCGGCGUGUCUUUCGCUAAUAAAACUCUCAAGCUUGAUUCUGAAGAGGAUGCGUUGGUGGUUGUGAAAGCCAUACAAGACUGCACUAAAUUAGAAUACUUGGAUUUAGAAGGUAAUACUUUGGGACCACUGGCUGCUAAAGCUGUGGCUGAGGUAUUAAAAGAAAAAGGUUCCUUCCUAAAACGUGCGCUUUGGAAAGAUAUGUUUACUGGUCGUUUAAAGACUGAAAUACCAAAAGCUAUUGAAUAUCUUGGUAACAGCUUGUGUAUUGCUGGCACUCGUCUCGUUGAAUUAGAUUUAAGCGAUAAUGCUUUUGGACCAAUCGGUGUACAAGGAUUAGCCUCGUUCUUGACAUCCAGUGCAUGUUAUACUCUUCGUGAGUUGAGGUUGAAUAACAAUGGGCUUGGAACAUCUGGUGGUAAUAUGUUGGCAAAAGCAUUGUCCGAUUGCUAUGACAAUAGCUGUAAAGAACAAACAUCUCCUUUGGCGUUGAAAGUAUUUGUAGCGGGAAGAAACAGACUAGAAAAUGAUGGUGCAACAGCACUGGCAUCAGUUUUCCAAAAAUUGACCACUUUGGAAGAGGUUGUCAUGCAUCAGAAUGGUAUUUAUUAUAAAGGCAUAGAAGCACUUGCAAAAGGAUUAUCGGCUAAUCCAGGAUUAAGAAUUUUAAAUCUUAAUGAUAAUACAGUUCGUUUGAAAGGAGCCCAGGCUCUUGCUAAAGCAUUACCAAAUUUCAAAAAGUUAGAACAUCUUAAUUUAGGAGACUGUUUGCUCAAAACACAAGGAUGUUUAGUUCUUGCAGAGGCAUUAGGAAUCAAGGAUAAUCAUCCUUUAUUAAAGGAAGUAAUUUUAAGUUACAAUGAAAUUCACACAAAAGGAGCAGUUGCAAUAGCUGAUGCUAUGGCUGAUAAACAGCAUCUAAAAACUUUGCAAUUAAAUGGAAAUUCUUUUGGAAGUCAAGGGUGGACUAUGUUAAAAGAAUCACUUACCAUUUCUGAAAGAAUUGGAUCAUUAUGUGGAUUCGAAAGUGACAAUGAUGAAGAAUACAAAACAGACAAUGAAGAUGAAGUUGAAGAUGAAGAAGUAGAAGAAGAGGAGGAGGAGGAGGAGGAGGAGGAAGAGGAAGAAGACAGUGAUAGUGACAGUAAAGAAAAUGAAGAUGAUGAAGAUGCAGUUGAAAAUGGAAACAAGACACCAGACAAUAUUACAGUCUCAAAAAUAACUGUUUCACAAUUUUUAAAAUCACCAACAUCUGACAAAUUGUUACUAUUGCAAGAUGAUAAUAUACAAGAUUUUAUAGAUUAUGCUAAAGAUUUAUCCAAAAACGCUGAUACAUCUCCAGAGCAAAAGUUCAUUGAAGAACUCACAAGAGUAGUUAUGAAAAUAUCAACACUAUGUUCAAGUGGCUACAUUGAUGUUAGGAGAAAAGCUCAAAAUAUAACAGAUUCUUUAUAUUCGAAGUUAUGUUCCUUCGCUGUGGAAAAUGAUCAAACAUCUAUUUGGAAUAAUGCUUUGCUAGUCAGCUUAGGUUUAAUCAAAAGCGAAGAUAAACACAGUGGAAAAGUUGAUUGGGACUUAGAAGGUUGUUUCAAAGCAUUAGAGCAAGUGGUUUAUAAGGAUUAUUUUUUAAACGAUACACGAAAUACAUUAAGAUUAUUCUUAGACAAACCAAUGAAAAAUAACAGAAAGAUUAUAGAUUCGUCCCAGGAGUCAAAAGAUUCACUUAGAGUUGUUCUAAAUCGUAUACAGAAUACAUAAUAAACAUUAAGAUACAUACAUACGUUGAUUUGCAGAAUAUCGAUAAUAAGAUGUAACUAUUUAUUUAAAAAAUUUUGCAAAUCAUAAAACAUGUUUUUAAACGGCCCUAUAAAAAGAAAGGAUUAUGUACCAUGCGAUGUAUACAGUUUA